AUGGCGCCCAUGGCAGUCUCGCCCGAGCGGGAGCCCCUGCCAGCGACCCUGGAGGCUCUGACGGCCGAGUUUGAUGAUACCUUGCGCUUCUAUCUCAACGGUACCAAGGUCGUCUUGGAUGAUAUUGAUCCUGAAAUCACCGUCUUGGAGUAUCUUCGAGGUAUCGGACUGACUGGCACAAAACUCGGCUGUGGAGAAGGUGGCUGUGGCGCCUGCACCAUCGUCGUCAGUCAAUAUAAUCCUACUACAAAGCAGAUCUAUCAUGCCAGUGUAAACGCCUGUCUCGCACCGCUUGUCAGUCUAGACGGCAAGCAUGUCAUUACCAUCGAAGGUAUUGGCAACGCAAAACGCCCACAUCCCACCCAGGAGCGUGUGGCCAAGGGAAAUGGCAGUCAGUGCGGCUUCUGCACCCCUGGUAUUGUCAUGAGUUUGUACGCUCUUCUCAGAAACAAUGAAACGCCCACAGAACAUGACGUGGAAGAGGCCUUUGAUGGAAACUUGUGUCGUUGUACUGGAUAUAGACCUAUUCUUGAUGCCGCUCAGACGUUCAGCAUCGAAAAGUCUUUCCCCAACGGCCUACCAAAAUUAAAUGGAGGUGCUGGGUGCAAACAGGACGGAAAUAACAGCAGGCAGGCCAGUAGCACCAAUGGAUGUUGCAAGAGUGACACAAACAGAGCUCUCUUGGAGAAUGGUGCAACCAACAACAGCACGAAUCAUGGUGUCGAUGGGCCAUCCCAAAUCAAUGCCGACGGAUGCUGCAUGCAAAAUGGUAGUAAUGAACCACCUGGCGGCGGUUGCUGUAUGCAAAACGGUAGUAGUGGACCAUCCUCUGGCGUUUACUGCAUGCAAAGCAAAGGCAUGGAUGAUCGGCCCAUCAAGCGGUUUACUCCCCCAGGAUUUAUCGAAUAUAACCCGGAAACAGAGCUCAUUUUCCCUCCCGCAUUGAAGAAGCAAGAGCUUCGGCCCCUGGCAUUCGGAAACAAGCGAAAGAAGUGGUACCGACCAACCACCUUGGACCAGCUUCUCCAGAUCAAGAGAGUCUGCCCCCAAGCCAAGAUUAUUGGCGGAAGCAGUGAAACUCAAAUAGAAAUCAAGUUUAAAGGUUUACAAUACCCGGAAUCGGUUUUUGUUGGCGACAUUGCUGAGCUUAGACAAUAUGAGUUCAAGGACGGCCAUGUUGACGUGGGAGGCAACGUCAUCUUGACAGACCUGGAAAGCAUCUGCGAGAAAGCUAUAAAGCAUUAUGGUCAUGAAGGAGGCCAAGUAUUCAAGGGAAUCUUGAAGCAGCUCAAGUAUUUUGCAGGACGACAAAUCCGAAACGUCGGUACGCCAGCUGGUAAUUUAGUCACUGCGUCACCCAUUUCUGAUCUGAACCCUGCUCUAUGGGCCGCCGAUGCCGUCCUGGUGACCAAGUCCGCCACUGAAGAGGCCGAAAUUCCCGUGUCGAAAUUUUUUACCGGAUAUCGGGAAACAGCUCUUGCCGCGGAUGCCAUCAUCACCUCCAUACGAAUUCCGGUCACUGCGUCCAACAAUGAGUUUUACCGCUCUUACAAGCAGGCCAAGCGGAAAGAUGAUGAUAUUGCUAUCGUUACAGCAGCCUUGCGAGUCAAACUAGACGACCAAGGGAUUGUUACUGAAUGUCGCUUGAUCUAUGGUGGUAUGGCUGCCACGACUGUUGGGGCCAAGACGGCAACCGCCUACAUGAUCGGCAAAAAGUUUACCGAGCUUGAGACCCUCGAGGGAGUCAUGAGUGCCUUGGGUACCGACUUUGACAUGCAAUUCAGUGUCCCUGGAGGCAUGGCAUCAUACAGAAAAGCCCUCGCGCUUGGCUUCUUUUAUCGAUUUUACCACGACGUUUUGACGAUACUUGAUGGCCAGCGCGAGCAUGUUGACAAGGAGGCCAUUGACGAACUUGACCGAUCGCUGUCAAAGGGAACGAUAGACGAGACAUCAACCGCUGCCUAUGAGCGAGAGGUCACCGGCAAGGCCAAUCCUCACCUGGCUGCACUCCGACAAACCACCGGCGAGGCACAGUAUACUGAUGAUAUUCCUCCUCUGGCGAACGAGCUUCACGGCUGCUGGGUGUUGUCCACCGAGGCGCACGCUAGGAUCAAAUCAAUAGACUACUCCAAGGCCCUGGAUAUGCCUGGCGUGGUGGAAUAUAUUGACAGAAAUGAUAUGCCGUCGGCUGAGGCGAACAAGUUUGGUCCACCAAAUUUUGAUGAAGUGUUCUUCGCGGAAGACGAAGUUCAUACAGCAGGACAGGCCAUUGCUAUGAUCCUGGCCACUUCGGCCAACAGAGCUCAGGAAGCCGCUAGAGCUGUGAAGGUUGAAUAUGAGGAGCUGCCUGCGGUCCUCACCAUGGAGGAAGCCAUUGCCAAGGAGAGCUUCCAUCCAGUAUACCGAGAAAUCAAAAAGGGUGACCCUGAGCGUGCCUUCAAGACCUGCGACCACGUCUUCACUGGCAGUGUCCGCAUGGGAGGCCAGGAGCAUUUCUAUCUCGAAACCAAUGUCUGUCUGGCAGUUCCCAAGCGUGAAGAUGGAGAGAUGGAGAUUUUUGCUAGUACGCAAAAUGCCAAUGAAACUCAAACCUUUGCAGCCCGAGUCUGUGGUGUGCCAGCCAACAGAAUCAACGUCAGGGUCAAGCGGCUUGGUGGUGGUUUUGGCGGCAAAGAAUCUCGAUCUGUAAUUCUCAGUUCUGCCGUUGCUCUGGCUGCCCACAAGACAGGGAGACCUGUCCGAUAUAUGCUCACUCGAGAAGAAGACAUGGUGACCAUGGGACAGCGUCACCCGUUCUUGGCGCACUACAAAGUCGGUGUCAAUAAGGACGGCAAGAUACAAGCUCUGGAUUUGGACAUUUACAGCAACGCCGGCUGGACAUUCGACCUCAGCACCGCUGUCGUUGAACGAGCUUUGUCGCACUGCGACGGAUGCUACUACACCCCCAACGUCCACGUUCGCGGUCGUAUCUGCAGGACAAAUACCGUAUCCAACACCGCCUUCCGGGGGUUUGGUGGUCCUCAGGGCAUGUUCAUCGCAGAAACGUACAUGGAAGAAAUUGCAGAUCGUUUGGGCAUGCCAGUCGAAAUACUCCGUGAGAUCAACUUCUACAAGCCCCACGGCAGCACGCACUUCAACCAGGUCAUUGAAGACUGGCACGUUCCCCUCAUGUACAAGCAAGUCAAGGAGGAGUCAGAUUACGAUCUGCGCAAAGUCUUCGUCUCCAAGUUCAACGACGAGUAUAAGUGGCGUAAACGAGGUAUUUCCAUCAUCCCUACGAAAUUCGGCAUCUCCUUCACGGCGCUCUUCCUCAACCAAGCCGGCUCGCUGGUACACAUCUACCACGAUGGCUCUGUGCUCGUCGCCCACGGAGGCACGGAAAUGGGCCAGGGCCUGCACACAAAAAUCACCAUGAUUGUCGCGCAAGCCCUCCAGGUACCGCUGGAGACAGUCUUCAUCUCGGAAACCGCCACCAACACAGUCGCAAACGCCUCUGCCACAGCCGCCUCUGCGUCAUCCGACCUAAACGGCUACGCGGCCUUCAAUGCCUGCACACAGCUCAACGAGCGACUGGCGCCGUACCGAGCCAAACUCGGGGACAAAGCCAACAUGAAGGAUAUUGCCCACGCAGCAUACAUGGACCGUGUCAACCUGUCCGCCCAGGGUUUCUAUACAACUCCUGAGAUUGGAUACGUCUGGGGCGAGAACAAGGGCAAGAUGUUCUUCUACUUUACACAGGGCGUCGCCGUGGCUGAAGUCGAAAUCGACACGUUGACAGGAACGUGGACAUGUCUCCGUGCCGAUAUCAAAAUGGAUGUGGGCCAAUCCAUCAACCCUGCUAUCGACUACGGCCAAAUUCAAGGUGCGUUUGUGCAAGGGAUGGGCCUCUUCACCAUGGAAGAAUCUCUCUGGCUUCGAGGCGGGCCCAUGGCGGGCAAUCUAUUCACCAGGGGUCCUGGGGCGUACAAGAUCCCUGGAUUCAGGGACGUCCCGCAGGAAUUCAACGUCAGCCUUCUCAAGGACGUGGAGUGGAAGGAGCUGCGUACGAUUCAGCGAAGCAGAGGUGUAGGGGAACCGCCUCUGUUUAUGGGCAGUGCAGUAUUCUUCGCCAUCAGGGAUGCCUUGAAGUCUGCGAGGAAGAAGGUUGGCGUGGAAGCAACGGUCGGCGCAGACGAUGGUGAGGGGCUCUUGAGACUACAGAGUCCCGCGACGCCGGAGAGGAUCAGGUUGGCUUGCGAGGAUGAGAUUAUGAGACGAGCGAGAGUGCAUCCAAAGGCGGGGGAGCAGAGUUUUUUCGUCGUCAUUUAG